AAACUCUAAAUUACUAAAAUUAAAUAAAAAAUAAUAAUAUUAGUAUUAAGUAAUAUGAAUUAAUAUAUAAUAAGAGUAUAUGAGGCUCAAAACAAGACCGUUUGGUGCUUAUACCAGUGGCUCAGAAUUCUCUCCCAACUCUGUCUUUAAUCAACCAUGAGGCUUCAACUGCACCUCACGGCGGCCGUUGUGGCAUUUACCGUAACUGCAUGGUUAUCAUACAACCGCGGCUUUGGAACAUAUAAGGAUGAGGUCAUGGACGGUAAUUCCGAUGUUUGGCAAUACGAGACGGUAAUUCCGAUUGAAAACGGUCUUGGACCAGAGAGUUUCGCCUUCGACCCUCACGGUGAAGGACCUUACACCGGCGUUUCCGACGGUCGAAUCAUCAAAUGGCACCGCAUGCGGAAGAGUUGGACCAAUUUUGCCGCCACUUCUUCACACAGAGAUAAUGUUGAUGAGUGUGGAGGACCACAUAAGGAGCAUCCAAAGAAAGAGCACAUAUGCGGGCGCCCACUUGGGCUUUGCUUCAACGUAGCAUCAGGUGAACUUUAUGUUGCUGAUGCAUACAUGGGCCUAGUUGCAAUUAAGCCCAAUGGGGGCACCGCUAGAAAAGUCAUAUCCCAUGAAGUAGAAGGGGAACCCUUGCCUUUUACAAAUAGUUUGGAUAUUGAUCAACUAACUGGAACAGUGUACUUUACCAGUAGCAGUUCUAAAUACCAGAGAAGGAAUUAUGUGUCUGUGAUUGUAAGCGGUGAAAAAUCAGGGAGGUUAAUAAAAUACGAACCAGAAAGUGGACAAAUUAGUGUUCUUCUAAAGAAUCUCACAUUUGCAAAUGGGGUAGCACUUAGCAAAGAUGGUGAAUAUAUUCUAAUAGUAGAGACAACAAACUGCAGGGUAUUGAGGUAUUGGUUAGAAACAUCAAAAGCAGGAACAUUGGAAGUCUUUGCUAAUCUACCAGGUUUCCCAGACAACAUAAAACGGAGUCCAAGAGGGGGAUUUUGGGUUGGAAUUUAUUCAAGAAGACAAAAAUUUAUCCAAUGGAUUUUAUCAUAUCCUUGGAUAGGAAAAGGGUUGGUUAUGCUUCCUUUGGACAUAACAAACAUUUAUUCAUAUUUGGCUAAGCUGAAAGGAAGUUAUGGAUUGGCAAUAAGGCUAAGUGAGGAGGGUGAUGUGUUGGAAAUUUUUGAACAUAAAAGUGGAAAUAGAAGUUCUAUUAGUGAAGUGGAGGAAAGAGAUGGUGUAUUAUGGGUUGGAUCAGUUGAUGCACCUUUUGCUGCUAAGUAUAAAACUCUUGUGUCACAAGGAUAAACUAAGAAAUAUUUUCCAAUAAGUCACUAUAAUUUAGUUUAUGAAAUUUCUAGUGCGUGACCGUGUCA